AUGUGUCAAAACCUUGUUCGUGGCCUUGUCAUCUUAGCGAUUGCCUCAAAAAGUGAGGCUUUGAUCAUUGGUAAAGCAGCGCGAGAUGCCUACUCAACAAGGAAUGGCGGCAUGACAAUGGCGGCGGUCAAACCGGACGACAGCUGUAGUCGGAGAACGUGGCUUACUAGUCUGAUAGCAGGAUGUGGCGUGAUCGAUUUCAUGCCCGCAAUGGCAAACGGGAUAGAUGUAAGCACGAUCGAAAUGAAGGAAUUCAUAGACCCCCAGGGACUUUUCUCGAUCCGUGUGCCGAAUAGUUUUUACACGCUUCGACGAACGGCCAAGGGCGAUCUCCCCGACGUCAAAACUGGAAAGGGACGCCGAGGUUCAAGCAUUUUUACGGCGGGAAACAUGGCCAAAGCAGAAGUGGUUGCCGUAGAGAGAUUUCCAACUCGACUACUGCUCGAGGAAAACGGUAUUGACUCGACUGGAGAUCUCGCAACGUUUCCCAGUCUCGGAGAACCAGCGGCUAUCGCAAAGUUGAUCAACCUUCGACGUGACAAGGACAAAGCGGGCAUGGCAAACACGAUAAUCCUUCCGGAUUCGCUCGCCGUUUCUGCCGACGGCAAAGAACUCCGAUACAUGUUGAAGACCGAGAUUGAUGUACAAAAGCCGGAACUGCUAUUGGAACAGUACGGUGUUUCGCAGCUCUUUCGAGUGACAACAGCCAAAGCUACCUUGCGUUCUAGUGACGGUAAUCUAAUGGCAGUCUUCGCUAGUGCUUUGGAGAAUGAUUUCAACGGACCCGAUGGCGCGGCUUUGCAGGCAACGGUCGAUAGCUUUCAAGUUACGGAGCGCGAGUUUGGCUUUUAGGUUAUGCUCUCUAGUCGAUACUUGAUCGGUUGGUUUACAGUUAUUAAUUACGCGGUCUGAGCAGCCAGUUGCGACGGGUUACUUUGCAUAGACGUAUCGCUAGAUAUCUGUAUUUCCCGUUUUGAAAAAUUCGCUCACAAUGUGCUUGGCAACGCUUACUGCACUUACAAGCUGCAGCAAUCGCGCUACAUUUCUUUCUGCAUGGGCCCCAGAUACUACCUUUUCGCUUAGCCAUGUUUUUAGGUGCGGCAAAAUAUCGAGCGGAGAAAGAUUGAACCUUCGAGAAAAAUUGGUCUGCUGAGAUCUAUGCAACUUCAAUACCCGCUCCCCAGCCCGCACCCGCUCCAUAAUAUAGUCGUCAGAUGUCAUCACCGCGUC